AUUCCUCUUAAUAAAUAUUCAUAAAUUUCUCUAUUUUAGGCCCAAAAAAUGAACAAUCAAAUCCAUCCACGUCCUUUUCCCCAAAUCCAAAACCCAUCUUCCCAUGGCAACAACAUCACCGACAAACCCAGAACAACACGAACCGGCGCGACUCGCACAAACAAACUCCAAAACCGCUCUUAAAUACCCCAAACCCAAACCACCCCAACGUUCACCUCCACAGUUACAAGAAACCUCAGAGUUAGUUAACUCUCUCAACAUUCUAACCGCUCCCGAUUUCUACGCCGUUCUCGACGUAGAACCCACCGCCGAUUCCAACACUAUUCGUAAACAGUAUAACAAACUCUCUUCUCUUUUUCAUCCGGACAAUAACCGCCGCCACGUGGCAUCGUGUAAAGAAGCUUUCAAGCUUGUUAACGACGCGUUUGGUGUUCUCUCUGAUAAAGCUCUCAGAGAAAGCUACGACGGGAAGGUUGAUCUUGAGAUUAGAGAAAAGAUGAGGACUUUUUGGACUGCGUGUUCUACUUGUAGGGUUUUGCAUCAGUUUGAGAGAAGGUAUUUGGGUCAUAAGCUUGUGUGUCCUGGUUGUAAUAAGAGUUUUAAGGCUGUUGAAGCUGUUGAGAAUGAUGGGUCUGAGGAGGAUGAAGAGGAUAACACUUUGGGGGAGUUUAUGUUGAAGAAUAAGAAGAGGAAGAAGAAUGGGAAAGUGGGUUGUGAAAAAGGUGAGAGCUUUAAGGGUAAUGGGAAAAUGGGUUGUGAAAAAAGUGAGAGCUUUAAGGGUGAUGGUGAAGUGAGUGGUGAAAAAGGUGUGAGCUUUAAGGGUAAUGAUGAAGUGGGUGUUGUUGGGAGAAUGAGAAUGAGAACGAGGAAGAGAACGCGAUUGGUUGGGGAGGUUUUGGAGAGUUCUGAAUCCAAGAAGGUUGAUGUGAGUGAAGAGGAAACAAUGACAUUGGCUGAUUUUCAAUCGAAAGUGAAGACUAAGAUUAAGGUUGAGAAAGAGAAAAUGAAGGGAUUGGAAAUUGGAAAGGGUUUUGAAGUCAAGGAGAAGAAGGAUGAGAGUUCUGUGAAGAGAAAUGAGUUGAGACUUGAGAAGCAUAAGGAUUUUAGUGGAGAGGAAUUACAAGCUAUGGCGGUUGCGGAUUCGGAUUUUUAUGAUUUUGAUAAAGAUAGAGUAGUGAGGAGUUUUAAGAAAGGUCAAGUUUGGGCUGUGUAUGAUGGUGAUGAUGAUGGAAUGCCGAGGCAGUAUGCUUUGAUUGAUGAAACUGUUUCGGCGAAUCCUUUUCAAGUGAGGAUAAGUUGGUUGGAUUUACAGAACAACGGGGAUGAAAAGAUUGUUAGCAGGGAGAAAUUAGGGUUUCAUGUACCUUGUGGGAGGUUUAAAAUUGCUAAUAAGACUACAAUUAGUUCUGUAAAUGUUUUUUCUCAUGUUGUGGAGUGUGAUCGAGCAGCGCGUGAGGUUUACAAGAUUUAUCCUAAGAAGGGUUCGGUUUGGGCACUUUAUAGUGAGGCGAGUCUUGAUGGAGGUGAGGGAAAAAGAUGCUAUGAUAUUGUUGUGUUUUUGACAAGUUAUAGUGAGAUGAAUGGUAUGAGCAUGGCAUUUCUUGAGAAGGUUGAUGGUUACAAGACAGUGUUUAAAAGACAUGAGAGUGGAAGUUAUGCUGUUAGAUUUCUAGGUAAGGAUGAAUUUUGGUUACUUUCUCAUCAGAUUCCUGCGCAGAAAUUUCCCUGCGACGAGGCUCCUGAAUUGUUGAAAGACUGUUGGGAGCUUGAUCCGGCUUCACUUCCUUCGGAUUUACUGACUAUUGGUGGAAUAGAUAAUUGAGGUUAGGAAAUCAUUUUUUGUUUUGUGAUAAGAAUUUGACCGUUGAUCUUUCUUGAGUUCUUUCACAUAUACUUACAAUUACGUGGCUCAAAUUAAUGAUUUGAAGAAACUUUUGUCUAAUGGAAAGUUAUUUGAGGAAACAAACUGAUUUGUAUAUCUUGACUUUGUUGAAUUUGCUGAUCAAGGAAAUGUAUGAAUUGCUAUUGCUAUUCAUAUCUGAUGCUUAAUUAGAAUUGCUGAAUUUUUGUUUGGUCUCCACUUGAUGGGGGACAUGAAUUCAUGUGAAUCAAGUGUUAUUGAUCCCGGAUAGCAGCCACAAUUUAAAUUACAGAGUUUAUAUAGUUUUAAUUUCAUACGCGAAAUAUCAACAACUUGCUGUGACUGAUCAAUGGGAGGGUGAAAUAUGAGAACAUGAAUGAGAUAGGGUGAGAGAAGGCCAAGCGUUGUUACGAUGUUAUUGAAUUGUGUUAUUCCUGAAGUACCUCAAUCAAAAAGCUGUGAAAUUUAAAUUUCGAUGGAUUUUUUCGGAAUUCUCAAUCUCACAAUGAGGUGCGAUGCUAUUUCGGCUGUGGCUGCCAUUAUAGCUGCCACUACACUAAACAUAUUUGCUACUGCAUAUCUCAUAGCGGCCGGGGAAAAUUUGUGAUGGAAGUCUUAGGUUUGGAAAAUUCGACAACUAAUCCAAAUUUAGUUUUAUGUUAUGUUAUUCUAAAAACAGUACGCGAUUCUGUGAACUUCUUUCCUCUAAUGUUCUACACAAUAGUUCAAAAGUUCAGUGAAAUAUAUGAAUAGACCUACUUGAUCAUUUUGCUCCUUCAUCAGACUUCUUUUAUGAGAUUUUCUAAUUUGUAAUCUAAACAUUUUGCCUCAUUGUCUGUAGUUUAUAAUCAUCUCUGAAAUGCCAAAAACUUUUCAAAGGUGUGCAAGUUUAUUACAGUUUAGAAACUGAUUGUAUCAAGUUGUAUUCAAAUCAAGGUUGAGGGAGCUUUAGUAAAGUGUCUGAUGAAGGAGUAGAAAGUAGUGUUCGAGAUCAACCUCGUCAUGAUUAUUUUAUAAAAUAUGUAACUCCAGGAAUGUUUAAUGCUAGUUAAGUUUACCUGUUGAAGUUGCUGCUACUUUUAAACAAGUGUGUAGUCAAACAAAGGCUCGUUUUCUAAACAAGUGUGUGGCUAAACUAAAGCUCAUUUCAUCACUGUCUUGUUCAGGUGCAGUUUCUGUAGCUUGGAUUGAUUUGAUCCAAUUGAUUAGGAUGCUUUAGAAUCUCUAGAGAAUUUCUUAGAAUAUCAUAGCUCAAUCUGUGAAUACUUUAGUGUAUAUUCUUGCUUCAGCCUGGAUGCGCCUUCUCCACUGCAAUUUCAAACUUUGGUUUAGUUGUCUUAUGUUUAAUCAUAAUUUAGUGCUUAGAAUUGGUAUGAAUAAGGGUUAACACACUAUCUUCUUCCGAGUCACAUCUAACAGGACCAACUUCUUUAUAACCAUUUUACAGGUAAUUCAAGUUCUUUGUCUAUACUUCAUAGCAUAGUUUUACAAUGGCAGUUUAUAUAAUGUAUUUCCAUAAAUACCUCUUUUCAGUGACAUUUGCUUACAAAGACUGGAUUGUGGUAAGUUGAGUUAUUAUCUACUAGGUGUUGCUUUGUCAAUUAUGUAAAUAAAUAAUUAUGUUUCAGCUCAAGUAGAUGUAUUUGCAUGUUUUCUUCGGUCAUUAGAGUUUGUGGAACAGUGAGAACAUCGGAGGCGGCGACAAGGUUGACCACAAUGGUCAUUGUGGUGGUGCUGAUAAAUGAAAGGAUGGUGGGGGUGACAUCAGAGUACAACGACAACAAUUCUGAUGCGAAUUGUAAAUGAACUAUACACGUUACUUUAUACAAUUUCAUGUGCAUUCUAAUCUAUAAAGCACCGGUGCAAUUUAGACAUACAAAAGAAAUAAAGGAUGUCAUAACUCAACCUCUACUAGAGGCGACCUAUAAAUGUUGUUAUGUUGGGUAGACAUGUUUGAGAGCUUCUUCACAAUCUUGACAAGUUAUGGGCUCAGUUAUUAUUAGUUAGAUAUAAUUAUGUAGCAUGCAUCCUAGAGGCAAAUAAUCACCAAGGAGCAUCAUAUACAUGUCGUUAUGUUGCUAAAGCAAUUAAGGCUCUCAAGUCGAGUUUUAUCGCCAGAGUAGGGAGAGGAGACAUUUUCAUUUGGUAUGAUAAAUGACUCCCAAAUGGUAGAAUUUGUGACAAAUUUUUUUCAGUGAGUGAGUAGGAUAGACACCUAUAUAUCUUGAAUGUAUGAAAUUAUGGUAUUUGAAAUUUUGACAUCAUCUCCACCAAUCUUUCUCAGGACAUAAGAAUUGAGAUGACCGAUGUCUUUUCUAAUGACGACUCAAAUGAUAUUCUUAUUUGGGAACCUUCAAUAUCAAGUACUUAUUCUACCAAAUAAGCUUAUUCUUGGUUAACUUUGGAGUCUAAUCCACAUCAUAUUCAAAUAAUGACUUGGUCUUGGAUUUGGAACCUUAAGUUACUUGAAAAUAUUCGUCAUUUUGUUAGGAUCGUCAUGCAUGAGAAGUUUACCUACCAACUAUACAUGAGUCACUAAUCACAUGUCAACAAAUGUCUUUUGUUAUAGAUGUGGUGCAGCUAACAAAACUAUCUUACACACUUUUAGAGUUUGCUUUAAGACCAUGCAAGUUUG